AGCAGCACUGCGCGCGCUUGACGGUUGGUCCAGUUAAAUCAGUUAAUGUCAGUUAAUGUCAGUUAAUGUCAGUUAGAGUGGUGAAGAAAAAAAAAUGAACGACGAGUACUCAUUUAAUAACAUCGACAGCCUGCUCUUUCGGUUUGGUCUUCGAAUCCAGGAGCUUUCCCAGAAAAAGAAUGAUAUCAACCAACAAAAUGAAGUCCUCAGAGCUGACAUCGCUGAGAGGAAAUCUUGCAUUGAAGCACACCAGAGGGACAUCAAGAAACUGGAGGAAGACAUCAGGGUGAAGAAGAGCACCGUGAUACAGAAUAAAGAAAAUGCUAAAAGCAUGAAGGCGACUAACGGCCUGCUUCUUCAGUAUGAGCAGAGACUGAAAGAAGAGCUGGAGAGCGGAAAAGCCAGCUACAUGCGUGACAUGAAAGUCUACGAGGAGAGAGCCGCGAGCUACAGGAAGAUCUUCCAGUCGCAUAAAGAACAUUAUUGCAAAGACCCUCUUGCUCAAAAGCUCCUCAUGCUGCAGGCUGACAAGGAGGAAAUUGAGUCUAGGAUCAAGGCUUGUGAUGAUCAAAUAACAAUGAAACAGAAGGAGCUGGAUCAUCUCACUGAUCCUGCCGAGGAGGAACUACCGGACAGUGUUUCUGGCCAGCAGGCCAUAAAAGAACCAGAGAAACAAUUAGAUCCUCACACAGAGGAGGACAGUGAUUCUUCCAUUGACAUCUCUUCUCUUCAUCUCAACCAGACAGAGAUCUCGGAGAAUGGUCGUGAAACCUCCGUAGAUGCAAAUGCUGAAAAAAUACACGAGGAAAACAAAGACCGGGAUGCUUCCAUCUGCAGCCCUUUCCCAGGAGAAACAAAAAACAAGCUAUGGUCAUCUCAGCUGGAUGGUAAUCCAAACAAAGAUGUCAAGAUGUGA